AUGUGUACUGUAACUAGACCAGGGGUGGCUCUUUUAGCAGCUGCUCUAGCGGUGGAACUGCUGUCAUCGGUUCUCCAGCAUCCAUUGAAAGCUUUAGCUCCUCCGUAUAAAGGUGAAGAGGAUGUAGAUUCGGGUGAUCAGAGCAGUUCAAAUGAUCCCACUGCUCUGAGUAUUACUCCCCAUCAGAUUCGUGGGUUCCUACACAAGUUUGAUGCUAUGAAGAUUUGGGGACCCUCUUAUGACAAAUGUUCUGCUUGUUCAGAGAAAGUUGUUGAACAUUGGAAGAACGAUGGAUGGGAGUUCGUGAAGAAGGCUCUUAACGAUCCGGAAUACGUAUCGGAGAUUAGUGGACUUGCAGAAUUGCAACGCCAGGCCCAGGAGCUUGAACUGGGUUCCAUGGACUGGACGAGUGGUUCAGAAGAGGAAAUUAACUAG